UUUUUAUGGAGGACAAUACGUUCAGCGAUGAUUUCGAUAUUGAUGACAGUGCAAUGUCACCAGGUCAAAACAACCCACUAAAUGACUACAAAAAACAGGCCCGCGCACAGCACAAUGCGUUGGAAAGACGACGACGUGACAAUAUUAAAGAUAUGUAUUGCUCAUUGAAGGAUGGAAUCCCAAAUUUCUCCAGUGAUCGCGCAUCUCGAGCUCAAAUAUUGAGAAAAGCUUAUGAAACCAUUCAAGCAGGGAAUGACGAACUAAAAAAUCUUAGCCAAGAGGUGAAAAAAAUAGAAGAACAUAACGAACAUUUACGGAAGCAAUUGGAGGCACAAACAAAAGUUACGCGUUAAAUUUAGAUUUAUAUCGAAUAUUCAAUUCAAGGAACGAAUUUAUGGUAUAAAAUUAUUUAAAUAAUUUCAAUUUGAGGGAAUUGUAUUAUAAGUUAAAACUGUAUUUUUGGGAACACCUUAGUUUUUUCUUAUGUUUUCCCUCUUCGGCUUGGCUUAUAUGAAAGUUUUAUUGAUAUAAGAAACUAAUAGAUCAUCGAAAAAUAAUUCUGAUUUAUGUGACGGUGUUGAGGAAAAAACAAAAAGAGGAGAUCAAACAUACAUAAAUAUUUUGAGAGAUUUGGCGCCAAUCCCGACCUCGCUCAUUGAGCUUAAGCAAGAAAGGUAGAGCGGCAAACCUUUUCAUAAGAUAAAAGUAGCAGAAACGGUGAGAUGAUCGAUCGUCGAGGGCAACACCCACAUUGGGAAAAGCGGAGGUUUUUUUCUUCUUA